UGCACAUUUUUUUUUUUGCUGGAAUACAAUGCUUUAGUGACUCGUGAAUGCAUCAUAGGCAUGAACUCUGUCUGAGAAAGGUGGACUGGCUAUCUGACCAUGGCACUCACAGGUAGGGGCUUAGGCCGGUUUCAUUUGGUUUUACUCAUCUUUUGGACUCUAUCGCAAAACUCAGCAUCCAGUCAAGUCCGUCAAGAGUUUCAAGUCCUGGAGGAGCAGCCCAUCGGUACCUAUGUGGGCACCAUAGAGACUAAACCCAGCUUUACCUACCGUUUCAGUGAGAAUCAUAAACUUUUUGCAAUAAACGGCACCACAGGAGUCAUUUCCACCUCUUCAGUCAUUGACAGAGAGGUUUUGCAAAGUGAUGUCAUCAACGUUGUGGUGCUGUCCAGCCAACCCACCUACCCCACUGAGGUCAGGAUAGUAGUUUUGGAUAUAAAUGAUAAUUCCCCUGUGUUUCCAGACGCGUCAAUUGUCGUGUCUUUUAAGGAGGACGCAAGCAGCGGCAGGCAAGUAAUCCUGGACACUGCCACUGACUCAGACAUAGGAAGUAAUGGAGUAGAUCACACCACCUACAGAAUAGUCAAAGGCAACGAGCAGAGGAAAUUCCGCCUGGAUAUUACAGUCAAUCCUAGUGGAGAGGGGGCAUUCUUGCACCUUGUUUCAACUGGAGGCUUGGAUAGAGAAGUGACUCCAUUCUACCAGCUCCUGAUUGAAGUGGAGGACAAAGGAGACCCCAAAAAGUUUGGUUACCUGCAAGUAAAUGUCACAAUUCAAGAUAUAAAUGACAACCCCCCUGUUUUUGAGCAAGACCAGUAUCAAACCAGUGUUUUUGAGGAUGCAGCUGUAGGUUCCAGCAUUUUGCAAAUCACAGCAUCAGAUCAGGAUGACGGUGUUAACGCUGAGAUCAGGUACUUUUUAGAUGAGGGAACACCUUUCCAAAUUGACCCCAAAGCAGGGAUUAUUAUUAUAAAAGAGAGUUUGGAUUAUGAGAGUAAAAAGGAGUACUCUUUAACGAUCCAUGCAGUCGAUAACGGGGUGCCCUCUCUGUCAGGCAGAACAGAAGCCACUAUUAAACUUUUAGACGUAAAUGAUAACGAUCCUGUAGUGAAGUUUCGCUAUUUUCCUACAACCUCUAAAUUUGCCUCUGUUGAUGAGAACGCACAAAUUGGCACAGUUGUGGCUUUGCUCACUGUUUCAGAUUCAGACUCGCCCACAGCUAAUGGUAACAUAUCUGUUUCAAUCUUGGGAGGCAACGAGCAGAGACACUUUGAAGUGCAUACGUCUCCUGUGCCUAAUUUAAGUCUGAUCAAAGUGGCCAGUGUGUUAGACAGAGAGAGAAUUUCAUCAUACAACCUGACUGUGUCUGUGUCUGACAAUGGAAAGCCUAUGGCCAGAUCCUCCUUCGCCAGUCUGGUUAUUUUUGUGAAUGAUAUCAAUGAUCACCCACCCAUAUUCCAGGAAACACUGUAUAGAGUAGAUAUCAGUGAAGACAUACCGAAAGGCAGCUACAUUAAAGGGGUUUCUGCAACAGAUGGUGACUCUGGGCAGAAUGCCAACCUGCGCUACUCCCUGGUGUCUGGAAACGCUUUGGGCUGGUUCUCCAUCAGUGAAAACAGUGGUCUGGUUACCAGCGCCGCUUUGCUGGAUAGGGAAAUAGCAUCUGAAAUUGUGCUCAACAUUAGUGCCAAAGAUCAGGGGCUGCAGCCCAAGAUUUCCUACACUAAACUGAUAGUCAACAUCACUGAUGUGAAUGACCAAGUGCCCACAUUUACACAGAACACAUAUCAUGUUUCCCUGGUGGAGCAUGCUCCUGCCGGCACAGAGCUGGUGGUGCUGUCUGCCUCAGAUGACGACCUUGGGGCCAAUGGAACUAUCCGGUUCACAUUUGAUGCAGAGACUCCAGCCAGCGUCCAGGAGCUGUUUCGCCUGGAUGCCGUGUCAGGGAGAUUAAGCACAGCCGCAGAGCUAGACAGGGAGGAUCAGGCCUCCUACUUACUCCACAUCCAGGCAGCAGACGCAGGCAGCCCCCCUUUGCACUCUGUUGGAAAAGUCAACAUCACCCUGAGGGAUAUCAAUGACAAUAGGCCAGUUUUCUACCCCGUGCAGUAUUUUGCCAAUGUAAAAGAGAAUGAGCCCUCAGGCUCUUAUGUAACCACAGUUUCAGCCACAGACCCUGAUUUGGGUCGAAAUGGCACAGUGAAAUAUAUCAUUACAGCAGGAGACACGUCCAAAUUCCACAUUAAUAGCAACACAGGGAAAGUUACCACAAUUGUGCCCCUGGAUAGAGAAGAGAAAACUGCUUACCAGCUGCAGGUGACAGCAACAGAUGGCAGCGGCCUGCGCUCACACACCCAGGCCAUUGUAACUAUCACAGUCAUAGACACACAGGAUAAUCCACCCAUAUUUAGCCAGAAAGCAUACAGCUUUGUGAUGUUUGAAAAUGUGGGCAUCGGGACUGUGAUAGGGACCGUAUCAGCCACUACUAUAGAUCUGAACACAAACAUUUCAUAUCUUAUCACAUCUGGGGACCAGAGGGGGCUUUUCACCGUCAACAGCGCAGGUCAGAUUAUAGCAUCAAGUCAAAUAGAUAGAGAGGAGCAGGAUUUUUACCAGCUGAAAAUUGUAGCCAGAGGUGGGGAGAUCACAGGAGAGGCUUUUGUUAACAUCACUGUGAAAGACUUAAAUGAUAACGCUCCUCAUUUUAUUCAUGCUGUGGAGCAUGUGAGCGCAGUGGAAAACUGGAGCACAGGUCAUGUCAUAUUCCAGGCGAGAGCUUCAGAUCCUGAUGAAGGCACAAAUGGCAUGGUGGUGUACAGCCUUAAACAAAAUCCCAGAGGUCUGUUCCAUAUUCAUGAGAAGCAUGGCCUCAUCACGCUGACCGGCCCACUGGAGGUCACCACAAGUUCUUAUGAAGUCGAAGUCAUGGCAUCAGAUAUGGGGGUCCCCCAGCACACCUCCAGCCUCAUCCUCAUCAUCAGCGUUUAUGACGUUAACGAUAACUCUCCGGUGUUUGAUCAGCUCUCCUACGAGGUCAUCAUACUGGAGUCCGAGCCUGUCAACAGCCGCUUCUUCAAGGUCGAAGCCACAGACAAAGACUCUGGGCUCAAUGGGGAGAUUAUGUACGACAUUGUGGGUGGCAACACAGGUGAUGUGUUUGGCAUUUUUCCAGAUGGACAGUUGUAUAUAAAAUCAGAGCUGGACAGAGAGAUACAGGACAGAUAUAAUUUAGUGGUUGUGGCCAAAGACAGGGCUGUGGAACCGCUAAGUGCCACUGUCAACGUCAGCGUGAUUCUGGACGACGUAAAUGAUAACCGUCCUCUAUUUAACAGCACCAAUUAUGUGUUUCAUUUUGAGGAGGAGCAGGCAAGGGGCUCACUUGUUGGACAGGUUUUUGCCGAGGAUAAGGACUUUGGCCCAAACAGUGAGGUCAGAUAUACUUUUGAGACUCCUCAGCCAAACUUUGAGCUGAAUGCCAUCACAGGGGAGUUGACCAGCACACUGCAGUUGGACCGCGAGUCACUUAUGAGACAAAGAGGCGCCUCUGUUUUCAGUUUUGUGGUUGUCUCGUCAGACCAGGGUCUCCCCAAGCCCCUCAGAGACCAGGCCAAAGUGCAAGUUUACAUUCAAGACAUCAAUGACAACCCGCCUAAAUUCACCAAAGACAUUUACCAGGCCUCCAUCUCUGAGUCAGCCCAAAACAUGACACAACUGCUCCGAGUCUCUGCCUCCGAUGUGGAUGAGAAUAAAAACGGACUAGUCCAUUACCACGUUUCUGAAGGAAAUGAGGAAGGUCAGUUUACUAUAGAUAGCAGUACUGGUCAGGUUACUUUAAUUGGAAAGCUGGACUAUGAAUCGACUUCCUCCUAUUCUCUGAAAAUCAUAGCUCUAGAUGCUGGAGCUGUGCCCCUGUCCUCCUCCUGUAUGCUUAGUAUUAGCAUUCUAGACGAAAAUGACAACACCCCCUCCUUUCCUAAAUCGUCACUGUCUGUGGACGUCCUGGAAAACAUGAGGAUUGGGGAACUUGUGGCUUCUGUGACUGCCACUGAUUCCGAUUCUGGUCAAAAUGCAGACAUUACUUACAGCAUCACAGCCACAAAUAACCACGGCACUUUCAGCAUCAGCCCCAACACUGGAAGCAUUUUUCUGGUUAAAAAACUGGACUAUGAAACUCAGUCAUUUUACAGACUCAACAUCACUGCAAAGGACAAUGGUAGACCACCUCGCUCCUCAUCCAUACCUGUGGUUAUUCAUGUCAGGGAUUUUAACGACAACCCUCCUGUAUUCACACCUGGUGACAUCUUCAAAUCCAUCCCUGAAAAUCUUCCCAUCUCAGCCUCGGUUAUGACUAUUACAGCCCAUGAUACAGAUGCGGACAUAAACGGGCAGCUGGAAUACUCUAUUGUUCAGCAGGUUCCCAGAGGAAGCCAUUUCACUAUUGACCCCAGCACUGGGCUCAUAUACACCAAUAAAGAAAUCGACAGGGAGUUUUCAAAUCUGUUCGAGCUAACAAUCAAAGCCACUGACCAAGCUGUUCCGAUCGAAUUCCGACGCUUUGCUCUAAAAAAUGUCACAAUAUGGGUCACGGACCAGAAUGAUAACAUUCCCCUAUUCGUGUCCCAGAAUGCCCUUGUGGCUGAGCCCAACAUCGUCAUCGGCUCCAUCCUGACUACAGUAGUAGCUUUUGACCCCGAUGAAGGUGAAAAUGGGGAAGUGGAGUAUGAGCUUCUUGAAGGGGACUCGGACACUUUCAUUAUGGACAGAUAUAGUGGGGACAUUCGCCUGGCCUCCCAGUUGGUACCAUCGCGACUCGUGUACACUCUGUCAGUGUCGGCGACGGACCACGGUGCAGAUCGCAAGACAUCCAGAACUGAGCUGACCAUCAUCCUCCAAGGUCUUGACGGACCUGUUUUCUCCCAGCCCAAAUAUAUCACCAUUCUCAAAGAGGGUCAGCCACCAGGCACUAACGUCAUCUCUCUGGAUGCCUCAAGCCCGCGAGGCUCCGCGACCAAAGUGGAGUAUUUCAUUGUGGCAGUGCGCAGCGGUGGGAAAACUGUGGGACGCCUUUUCACCAUCGGCCGCCACACCGGAGUGAUACAGACCGCCGCAGAGCUGGACCGAGAACAAGGCUCCGACCUCUACCUGGUGGAUGUGUACGCCAUCGAGACGGACGCCAGCCAGCCCAGGACACAACGUGCUGAGGUGGAGAUCACACUGCAGGACAUCAAUGACAACCCGCCUGUUUUCCCUAAUGAUAUUCUUGAUGUGACCAUUGAGGAGAACGUGGGAGAUGGCUUCAAGAUAAUGCAGCUAACAGCCACCGAUGCAGACGAGGGUCCCAACGCUCUCGUGACCUACACCAUCAUCAGCGGGGCCGACGACAGUUUCCGGAUCGAUCCUGAAUCCGGUGACCUGAUCGCCACCAAAAAACUGGACCGGGAACGCCGCUCCAAGUACUCCCUUCUGGUGCGAGCGGACGACGGGAAGCAGUCGUCGGACAUGAGGCUGAACAUCACCGUCAAGGAUGUCAACGACCACACGCCCAAGUUCUCUCGUGCGACGUAUUCGUUUGACAUCCCUGAAGACAUGGCUCCGGGCUCCAUCGUGGCGGCGAUCCUGGCCAGCGACUCUGACUCAGGGGUGAACGGGGAGGUCACUUACUCGCUGGAGGAAGACGACGAGGACGAGACGUUCCUUCUGAACCCGGUGACGGGCGUUUUCAACGUGACGCGUCCGCUGGACUACGAGACUCAGCAGUAUUAUAUCCUGACGGCCAAGGCGCUGGACGGCGGCGGGCAGGCCAGUACGGUCAGAGUGUACUUCAACGUGCUGGAUGUGAACGACAACCCGCCCAUCUUUAACACCACCGUCUACAGCACGUCUGUGUCCGAGAGUCUGCCGCCCGGGUCCAGUAUCGUCACCGUGGGGGCCAUGGACGCUGAUGAUGGUCCGAAUGCGCAGUUGCUCUACAAAAUCGCAUCAGGUGAUCCCCAAGGCCACUUCAUUAUCUCCAAGGAAGGAGUCCUCCAAACCAAGAAACCCCUGGACAGAGAAACCCAGUCCUUCUACAACCUGGUGAUCACGGUUAACGACCUGGCUCCGCCUCCAGUGACACGUUUCACCAGCACUGCCCAGGUGUCAAUCAUCCUCUUAGAUGUCAACGACUGUUCGCCAACCUUCACCUCCCAGAAGAUGACGUACAUACAGGAGAACACGCCGGUGGAUACGGUUGUGUUUACCGCCCACGCCACAGAUGCCGACAGCGGACCCAACAGCUACGUCGAAUACUCCCUCAGAGGACCGUUCGGUAAUAAGUUUAGCAUCGGUACGAUUGAUGGGGACGUCAGGCUGGUUGGAGAACUCGACAGAGAGGAGCUUUCCAACUACACCAUAACUGUUGUGGCUACAGAUAAAGGCGAACCUCCUUUGUCGUCAACUAUGGAUGUGACUAUGAUGGUUCUGGAUGUCAACGACAACACGCCAAGCUUCUCGCAGAACAUCUACGACAUUGAAAUCGAGGAAAACACCUUAACUGGCACUGACGUCAUCCAGGUGUUUGCCAGUGACGCCGAUGAAGGCACCAACGGACAAAUCCGCUUUUCCAUCUCAGGGGGCAAUGGCAACUCUGACUUCAGAAUUGACUCAGUAACGGGAGUGAUUUCAGUGGCCAAGCAGCUGGACCGCGAGACCCGUUCGUCGUAUUCGUUGGUGGUCCAAGCAGCAGACCGCGGCAGCAGCCCGAGAGUUGACCGGACGACCGUCAACAUCGUACUGCUGGACGUCAACGACUGUUCACCUGUGUUUGAGCUCUCUCCUUACACUGUGAACGUGCAGGAGAAUCUGGAAAACCUCCCGAAAAACAUUCUGCAGGUUGUUGCCAGAGAUGAUGACCAAGGUGCCAACGGCCAGCUGAGCUACAUGCUCAGUGGCGGGAACGAUGACGGUGCGUUCAGCCUGUCGUCCAGCGGUCAGUUGAGUCUGACUCAGACUUUAGACCGCGAGGCUCAAGGGAAAUACAUCCUGCUGAUCACAGCCACCGACUCAGGUUCUCCGUCACUGAGCGGAACGGGAACGGUGACUGUUCUGGUAGAUGAUGUCAAUGAUAAUAUCCCAGUUUUUACCUCCUCCACCUUCCACACAACCAUCACGGAGGAUGCCCCGACUGGGACCGAUGUGCUGCUGGUCAACAGCUCGGACGCAGAUGUGGGCCUCAACGGUGUCAUAAGCUACAGCCUGACAGGAGGACAUGGCCAGUUUUCUAUUAACCCAGCUACAGGACAGAUUAUCACCAGCUCCCUGCUGGACCGAGAAGACAGGGCUAAUUACCAGCUGCUGGUCGUGGCAACAGAUGGAGGGCAGCCCCAGGGUUUGUCCAGCUCCGCCACCGUGUCAGUGACUGUGGCCGACAUCAAUGAUAAUCCUCCUCGCUUCCACCACCAUCCUUACGUCACCCACAUCCCCGCCUCCACUUCAGCAGGGUCGUUGGUCUUCGCUGUUACUGUAACUGAUGAGGACUCGGGGUCCAACGCUCAGCUGCACUACUCCCUGAUGGGUCGCAAUUCAGAGAAAUUCAAGAUCGACCCGGUCCGAGGUGCGAUCACUGCCAAUGAGAAGCUAACCGGCACCUCUGAGGUCACUCUUACUGUUCGGGUAAAAGAUGGCGGAGCUAAUCCCAAAACCGACACGACCACCGUGACUGUCCGCUUCGUUACUGGAGGAAACUUCCCCAUCAUCAGGCUGAGGGAGCGUUCGUUCACGUUCCCCGAGAGCCAGCCCACGAACCACAUUGUUACAACAGUGACGGGGUCUUCUAUGAGGGGUGGGCCCUUGUCGUACUACAUCGCCAGUGGUAACCUGGACAACGCCUUUCACAUAGACCAGCUAUCAGGUGAAUUAUCAAUCAGGCACCAACUGGAUUACGAACACAUUCAGAAAUAUGUUCUCUGGAUCGAGGCCAGAGAUCAGGGCUUCCCUCCAUACUCCUCAUAUGAGAAAGUGGAAGUAACUGUGCUGGAUGUGAAUGAUAACCACCCGAUGUUUGAUAAGGAUCCCUUCCAUGCUGAAAUACUGGAAAAUCUGUCACCUCAGCGGGUGCUCAUGGUCUCUGGCGUCGAUUUCGACAGCGGACCUAAUGGCCAGUUGGAAUACGCCAUCAUUGACGGCAACAAGGAGAACAGUUUCAGCAUAAACCGAGCCACUGGUGAAAUAAGAACCACCAGGCCUCUAGACCGGGAAAAGGUGGCUCAGUACAAUUUGAAAGUGAAAGCCACUGACAGAGGAUUGCCACCUAAAAACACAGCAGUAAAAGUGGUUAUUAAUGUGUUGGAUGUAAACGAUAAUGCCCCCAGGUUCUCAAAGAUCUUCAGUGCUACCGUGGCUGAAAAUGCCCCAGUAGGUUACACUGUCACCAGAGUCACAACCACAGACGAAGACGCUGGUUCUAACGCCAUUAGCCGAUACUCAAUCACAGAUACGAGCCUUCCAUUUGUUAUUAAUCCAAGUUCUGGAGACAUAACCAUUAGUCGGCCGCUUAACAGAGAAGACACUGAUCAUUACAUCGUCAAAGUGUCAGCUCAUGACUCUGGCUGGACAGUCAGUACAGACGUCACCGUAUUCAUUACAGAUAUAAAUGAUAACGCUCCCAGAUUUAGUCGUCCGUCUUACUAUCUGGACUACCCUGAGCUCACAGAGGUAGGAUCUCUGGUGACCCAGGUAUCAGCCACUGAUCCUGAUGAGGGUUUCAAUGGCAAGAUAUUCUAUUUUAUCAGGUCACAGUCUGAGUAUUUCAGAAUUAACUCCAGCACUGGAGCAAUAUUUGUAAAGCAGCAUCUUACGUAUCAAAACUCAACAGGUGCUAGUAGUAUCAACAUAAAUCGCCACAGUUUCAUUGUCACAGCUUCAGACCGGGGAGUCAAACCUUUAAUGAGCGAGACGACAGUAAUUGUAAAUAUUGUAGAUAGCAAUGAUAAUCCUCCUGAGUUUGAUUCCCCUGCUUACUUUACCCCUGUGACUAAAAGUGUCAAAGUUGGCACCAAACUGAUGAGAGUUUCAGCUCAUGACAAAAAAGACUUUGGCUUAAACUCUGAGGUAGAGUAUGUAAUAACAGGUGGAAACAGUUCAAGUAAAUUUAAACUAGAUAAAACAAGUGGCUGGAUCACUGUUGCCUCCUCCCUAACAUCUGAUAUGAAUAAGGUUUUCCUUAUUGACAUUACAGCUAGUGACAGAGGAAAUCCUCCUUUGUCAGCCAGGACGUCUGUGCGAAUUGCUGUUACAGAGGAAAACCACCACACACCUGAGUUCUCACAAAGCCAAAUCUCAGCUACAGUACCUGAAAGCCUUGCUGUGGGAACAGCAAUUAGAACUUUGUCUGCCAGAGACAAAGACAAAGACAUGAAUGGCCUUAUCAUAUACAACAUUACGUCAGGCAACGACAAGGGUCUGUUUGCACUUAAUAGUAAAACUGGAGUGUUGUCUCUACUUCACCCUCUGGACUUUGAAGACAAGCAGCAACAUGAUCUUAGAGUUUCAGCCACUGAUGGCGGUUGGAUUUCAAAAACAAGUUAUGUUACUGUCACUGUCCAUAUAACUGAUGUAAAUGACAACCCUCCCAUGUUUGAUCCCGAUGAGUACUUUCCUAUUGUGCAGGAGAAUGUUCCCAGUGGUACCACUGUGGUCAAAAUGAAUGCCACAGACCACGAUUCAGGCGCUAACGCAGUCAUGGCCUAUGUAAUACAGUCAUCAGACAGCGACCUCUUUGUUAUUGACCCAAACACGGGCACCAUCACCACCCAAGGCUUCUUGGAUUACGAGGCUAAGCAGGUCUACCAUUUAACAGUAAAGGCCUUCAAUGUCCCAGACGAAGAGCGUUGCAGCUUUGCCAAUGUCAACAUACAGCUAAAGGGAGCCAAUGAAUACGUACCCCGCUUUGUCUCCAAACAGUACUACUUUGAAAUCUCUGAAGCUGCUCCAAAAGGCACAGUGGUCGGGGAAGUUUUCGCCAGUGAUCGAGACCAAGGAGAUGAUGGAGUGGUUUACUACCUCAUUUUCGGGAAGAGCAGAAAGAAGGGCUUUGGCAUCAACAAGAAAACUGGCCAGAUUUAUGUCACAGGUACUCUAGACCGUGAGAAAGAGGAAAAGGUUUCACUGAAGGUGUUGGCUAAGAAUGCAGGAAGCAUCCGUGGAGCAGAUAUCGACGAGGUGUUUGUGAACAUCACAAUUCUUGACGCCAAUGACCCUCCUGUUUUCACCCAAGAACUGUAUGAUGUUCAGGUUAGUGAGGGUCUUUCCCCUGGUGGACUGGUAACCUUUGUGAGCGCUGAGGACUCAGACUCUGUUCCGAGUUGGAGCAGAUUUUCUUAUUCCAUUGCUCCAGAGUUUGAUAAAAACAUUUUCACCAUUAACCCAAAAACUGGGCAGGUGUCUGUGGCAGCAGAGCUGGACAGAGAAAAAACGCCUGUGUACAACCUGACUGUUUUUGCUGUGGAUACUGGCUCACCUCCCUCAACUGGAAGUGCCACUGUGAUUGUGAAUCUGGAAGAUAUCAACGAUAAUGGGCCAACUUUGACAACUGUCUACGCUGAGGUAAUGGAGAAUCAGAGAGCUGGCACCGCAGUUACAACGCUCACAGCCUCCGACCCAGAUCUACCACCCAACCAAGGCCCGUUCCUAUACAGUCUGCUUAACUCUGGCUCUGUUAACAGCUACUUCAGCCUCAGUCCAGCUGGAGUGCUAACCACCAGUCGGGAGAUCGACAGAGAACAGAUCAGUGACUUCUACCUCUCUGUUGUAAUCAAGGACUCUGGUGUGCCUCAGAUGUCCUCAACAGGAACAAUUCAUGUCAAAAUAAAUGACCAGAACGACAACCCUUCAGAGCCAAGGUCUAUGGAAAUCUUUGUCCACUACUUUGGGAACAUGUUCCCUGGAGGUUCUUUGGGAGAUGUCAAACCUCAAGACCCUGACAUUCAGGACAGGUUCCACUGUUCUCUAAUUCCGCCUUCCUCUGGUCUGUUUAGUAUCCCGACUGGAACAUGCAACCUCAACUCUAAAUCCCGCUCUACAGAUGGAACAUUUGAAUUAACAGUUCGCAGCAGUGAUGGCGUCCACGGGUCUGUCAGCAAUACAGCCAGGGUCCUCUUCAUGGGCUUCACAAAUGCCACAGUAGACAACAGUAUACUCAUCCGACUCCAUUCUCAAGGAGUCAAAAGCUUCCUUACCAAUCACUACCUCAGCUUUUUACGUAUUGCCAACUCUCAGUUAGCGGGCUUAGGGACUGGGGUGCUGCUUUAUGGAGUGUUUGAACUCAACAAUCAGACUUUCCUGAUGGCAGCUGUGAAACGGGGCCAUGGACAAUAUGUCAACCCCAGCGGCGUGGCUACAUUCUUCCAGAGUAUCAAAGACAUUUUAUACAGACAGAGCGGGGUGCAAAUAGAUGCGGUGGACCAUGAUCCUUGCACACGUAACCCGUGCCAGAAUGGAGGCAGCUGCAAGCGGCGUCUCAGUGUCGGGCCUGAUAUGAAGACUGAAGAAAGCGUCCCAGUGAUCCUUGUUUCUAACUACCCCCUGCAGCCGUACGCUUGCAGCUGCAGGCCAGGAUACACUGGAGCUCUGUGUGAGACAGACAUCGACGAGUGCCAGCCUUCGCCCUGCCACAAUGGCGGCACCUGCCACAAUCUGGUGGGAGGUUUCUCCUGCACCUGUCCCGAAGGUUUCACCGGGAUGGCCUGUGAGAGGGAUAUCAACGAAUGCCUUUCCAAUCCCUGUAAAAAUGGAGCGCUGUGCCAGAACUUCCCCGGCGGCUUCAACUGCCUCUGCAAAUCCGGCUUUGCAGGCAAAACGUGUGAUUCCAUCAUCAAUCACUGUGAGUGUAACCCUUGUUUUAAUGGCGGGUCCUGUCAGAAUCGGGUGGAUGGAUAUUACUGUCAUUGUCCAUUUGGGGUUUUCGGCAAACACUGUGAACUAAACAGCUAUGGCUUUGAGGAGCUCUCCUACAUGGAGUUUCCAUCUCUGGAUCCUAACAAUAACUACAUUUAUAUUAAAUUUGCUACCCUGAAGAGCAAUGCACUGCUUAUGUACAACCACGACAACCAGACAGGAGACAAGGCAGAGUUUUUGGCUCUGGAGAUCUUCGAGGGACGGAUGCGAUUCUCCUUUAACUUGGGAAGUGGAACUUACAAACUGAUGACCAUGAUAAAAGUUUCAGACGGACAGUUUCACACAGUCAUCGCCAGGAGAGCAGGAAUGGCUGCGUCUCUGACUGUAGACCUGUGUGGUGAAGACCAGGAACCGGGCUACUGUGCUGUGAGCAACGUGGCAGUACACACUGACUGGAUCCUGGACGUGCAGCCCAACAGGCUCUCGGUUGGAGGCGUCAGGUCAAUAGAACCCAUCCUUCAUCGUCGAGGUCAGGUCGCCACCCACGACUUCAUCGGCUGCAUCAUGGAGUUCGCCGUCAACGGCCGCCCGCUGGAGCCCAGUCAGGCGCUGGCAUCGCGUGGCAUCCUUGACAGAUGUCCGAGACUGGAAGGAGCCUGCACCGCGAGCCCCUGCAGACAUGGGGGCACCUGUUUGGACCACUGGUCUUGGCAGCAGUGCCAGUGUGUGGAUGGCUUCACGGGCAAAUUCUGUGAGAAAUAUAUAACAGCAGACACUGCCCUGUCCCUGGAUGGUACCGGCCGUCUCGACUACGCCCUUAAGCAAGGCCCUAAACGUGACGUCCUGCUGAGACGAGCUCUACAGGGCACGACCCCUGACCCUGGAAAUCCCAGCAGCUUAGAGGUCAAGUUCAGGACACGCAGUAAGAGCGGCACUCUGCUGCAUGUGCAGGAGAGCAGCAACUACACCACUGUUAAGCUGAGGAACGGCAACGUCCACUACGUCUCAGACGCUGGCGUAGGGGGGAAGGUGGAGCGGACUGUGGGGGACGUGGUCCUGUCCGACGGGCAGUGGCACACGCUGCAGCUGCUAAAGAACGGCUCGGUCACGGUCCUCCAGGUGGACGGCGGACACCCCAGGACCAUCCAACACCCCACCCAGGACUUUGGAGGUCUCAGCGUAUUAACGUUUUCACUGGGAGGGAUCCCACCUGGACCUGCUCAGCAGAAAACUGCAGCUGGUUUUGAUGGAUGCUUGUCGUAUGUGAAGUACAACGGGGAGAACCUGCCGUUUACUGGAGAACACAGCCUCGUCUCUCUAACUAAGACCAGUUCAUCUGUCAAGAUUGGCUGCAGAGGACCCAACCUUUGUGAGAGUAACCCAUGUUGGGACGGUCUGAUGUGCGUCAACCAGUGGUACACGUACCAGUGCGUCCCUCCGGGUGACUGUGCCUCGAAUCCCUGCCAGAACCAUGGCAGCUGUGUGCCUGACCCACGAUCAGGUUUCACUUGCAUCUGCUCGGAGUUCUACACAGGCAAGACAUGUGAGACCUUGGUGGCCUGUUUGGGGGUCCAGUGCCCCCAGGGAACCACCUGCAAGACGGCCAAUAACGGAGGAUUCGUCUGCAGCCCGAGCCCCACCACGGAAGCGAUGGUCCUUCCAAUCUGGGCGGUGCCUGCCAUCGUCGGCAGCUGUGCCACCGUCCUUGCACUGGUGGUGCUCAGCCUGAUCCUGUGCAACCACUGCAAGGACCGAAACAAGACCAAAGUGCCAAAAGAACCCAAGGAGAAGAAACCCAAGGAGAAGAAGAAGAAGAAAAAGAAGAAGGGCAGUGAGAACGUAGCAUUUGACGACCCCGAUAACAUCCCCCCGUAUGGAGACGACAUGACGGUACGAAAACAACCGGAAGGGAACCCUAAACCUGACAUCAUUGAGAGGGAGAACCCGUAUCUGAUCUAUGAUGAAACUGACAUUCCUCAUAACAAUGAGACCGUCCCCAGUGCCCCCUGUGCCCCCUGCAACGGCCCAGAUGCAGAUAUUGAACACUAUGACAUUGACAACGCGAGCAGCAUCGCACCAUCCGAUGCCGACAUCAUCCAACACUACAAACAGUUCCGCAGCCACACCCCGAAGUUCUCCAUCCAGAGACACAGCCCUCUGGGCUUCGCCAGACAGUCGCCGUUACCACUCGGAGCAACAAGCUACACCUACCAGCCUCAGUACACCCAAGCACUGAGGUCCACUCCUCUGAGCCACUCCCAUUCAGCCUGCCCCACUCCAAACCCACUCUCCAGACACUCCCCAGCCCCCUUCACCAAGCCUUCUUCAUUUUAUCGCAACACUCCAACCAGAGAACUCAACUUGGGCCGCCGUGAAGGCAGCCCACUGGAUCUGCACAACGAUGUAUGCCAGCCGCCGCCCAUGUUCAACUACGCCACCCGGCUGGGGAGGCGCAGCAAGAGUCCGCAGACCAUGGCCAGCCACGGACACACCUCCAGGCCUGGCAGUCGACUCAAGCAGCCCAUCGAGCAGAUCCCACUGGAGACGGGGCCUCCUGUGGGGCUGUCCAUCGAGGAGGUGGAGCGGCUGAACACUCCACGACCACGCAACCCCAGCAUCUGUAGCGCCGACCACGGGCGCUCCAGCUCAGAGGAGGACUGCCGCAGGCCACUGUCCAGGGUUCGCAACCCGGCUGACGGCAUCCCCGCACCAGAGUCCUCAUCAGAAAGUGACUCACAUGACUCCUUCACCUGCUCGGAGAUGGAGUACGACCGCGAGAAGCCUGUUUCCUACAGCUCCCGCGUCCCCAAGCUCUCGCAGGUUAACGAGUCGGACGCCGAUGACGAGGAUUACGGCGGGAGGCUCAAGCAGCGGCGGUACUCGAGCCGUAGAGCGGAAGGAGGGCCUGGCAUCGCCCAGAUGCCCCCAACUGAUCAGCACUACACCCUGCCACACAAACUGGGCCAGCAGGCUGGGGGCUUCAACUGGGACAAUCUGUUAAACUGGGGCCCCGGCUUUGGACAUUAUGUUGACGUGUUCAAGGACUUAGCGCUGCUUCCCGAGAACGCAGCCGCAAAAGACAUUGAAAUGAACAGUGGAGAUGGCUCAGUAACCAUCCUAAAUGAAGGAGAAGCUGAGCAAUAUGUAUGAGACUAUUUAUUAUGAUGUAGAAUAUGGUGAUGUUCUCAUUUAAAAAAGAAGACUGUAUAUUUUGAGAGAACAUUGGACUUCUUGUUUUUUACAUAAUUCAAAAAUAUAAGACGACUUUCAAUGCAGUAAGGCAGAAAACAGCACCUGUAACGUGACAGAUUCUGUCAUUAGCCACCUUGGAAUAGUUUACCAGUCUUUUCUGCGUCCAGACUCAACUGUACAAUCGUGCAUUCAUCCGAUCGAGGCCUCAUUACAACGUAUCCAUUGACACUAAAAAGUAAUCCAUGUCUGAAUUCAAUUUAGUGACUGCAAAGCUCCAUUCAUGUUAUCUUGAUCAAACAUUUCUGUUCUAUAUUACCAAUAUUCCUGCUCCUUUCCAAAAACUUCUGUCAAAUUCACAGCUGGGAGAUAAGAUGAUAGAUAAAAUUAACACUCACAGGAAGAGAAUUCCAACGGACCGUGGAGCGAAAGAAAACCCCCGGUCUCUGUCUUUUUAGGGGUCAAUUUUUAAUUUACUUAAAAAGAAGCACAUGUGUUUGAUGUGAGUGCACCUGUAGGUGACAGGACACGGCGCCCAGUCUGAAAGUAAGAACCCUGUUCUGUUUGCACGGUAUGGCGACCACACCAGUGUUAUGAUCCUGGUCAGCCUUUGUCUGUCUUUGCCCUGGUGUGUUUUUUCACAGAAGACUGGCUAAACGCUCCAAGAGUGAGGAUUAAACAUGUCCCCUGCCUUACAGACAUUUGAGGAUUUCAGUAUAGAGGAGGAAUGUUCCUCUUCUGUUUUUUCUGGCCUAGGUUCAGCAGGAGAUCAGGUUUUUUGGGAAGGGGUGCGGGGUUAGUGUUGUUUGUCACAAAAAUGUGUUUGCAUUUUCUGACCUGCCAAGUGUUUUCGGGCAAUAGUGAUGAUGUAUGGAUCUUGUAAACAUGACCCCAACUAAAACAACUCGUGUACAUUUUUUUAAUUCAUGAAGAAAUCAUGGAGUCAUUUGUUGUUGGUGUCUUUGUCCAUUAUUUUGACAUGUAUGGUUUCUACAUUUUUGUACUGUUUAUUAACUUAAAUUACUUAAGCUAUGUUUUUAUGGAUAUUUUCAUAUGCUGAAAUGUAUGUUCUUACUUUCGGGGAAAGUAAGAUUGAAGACUUAUUUUUUACAUUUGUUACAUAUGUAACAUCAGUAUUUUCCACUUUUGAUAAAACUAUAACAUGCUGUAUGCUUUGUACCUGUAAAAAGCCAAUAACAGAAUAAAAAAAGUA